GGCUAACGCCCAAUAAUUCCGCCAGAGGGCGACCGAGCAAGAAGCGAGAUUUCGAAUGUAAACUUGACGUGUGACUUAUCGUUGUUUUGAAUAGAAGAUGGUGUAUCUUCAUUUCCCUUCUCAGUUCACUGAAGAGGAAGAGAUGUUGCAAAAGAAGUAUCAGAAGCUGAGAAGGAAGAAGAAAGCCUUUCAGCAAAUGAAAGCUCCAAAACAAGAACCACCGAGUAAUCAAAGCUCUCUGAAAAAUCAGAUUGAAGUUAAAAAAGAUGCAAAAGAAGUAGCCAAGAAACUGCUUCAGUCGGGUGCCAUCAGUGCAAUAAAGGUCGAGAACAAAGAGCGUCAGGGUUUCAAGAGACCCAAGGCUUCCGAAAGGAAACGGGUGGGCUCCGAGAAACUGGGAAGCACCGUGACAGGCUACCAGCCCUUCACUUCCAGCCACCCCACCGAAGAGGAACCAGCCGAAUUUGGAAGACCCGCCAUGAAGGGAUUGUACGAGAGCUUCGUUAGCUCCAGGGAGACCGAAGACGGCGAUAGCACGGAAGACAAAGAGAGAGAAAACGAAAAGAGUUCCAGACCCGAGAGGCCCCAGCAGGGCAACACGGUCUACGUCCACGGCUACGGAGUGACGGAGGAUAUUCUGAGAAACGGUUUUCAGCCCUUCGGAAACAUCAUCAAUAUUUCCAUGGAGAUGGACCGACACUGCGGAUUCGUCACUUUCGACACCAUAGAGGCAGCGGACAAGGCCAUCAAAGAGAUGAACGGACAGACGGUGUCUCGGGUGCAGUUGAAAGUAUCCUUGGCCAGGAGACAGCCCCUCAUUCCUUCUGCCACCGACGGUGCCGCCUCGUGGUCGGGCCUGGCCAGUUACUCUCCCAAGGGCAACCACAAGGACAAGAGGAACCUUGUUUCUUACGACGACAUAUUUUAGUAUUCUAAUAACGUUAUGUGGUAAGGAUCACAAUUGGCAGUUUUCUGUUUGUCCUCAAUCCUCGUUCUAAGAAGGUGAUGAUAUCAUUUAACGUAAACUUUUUAUCGUGCAAGUUUUUGAAUUGAUGUGUACUGGUAAGAGUUUUAAGCUGUUGAUGGAAGUUAUGAAGAGUAAACAAUCUUUACUUUUUAAAUGUUUCUGAACUAUAAAAAGUUAUAAACAGAUAAAAUAUAAGAACAAAUUUAAUUAAAUUGCUGAUGUAAUUUGAAGAAAUUUGUGGAAAUUCAUUACGAUACUGCCAUAAAUUCUUUAAUAGUUUCUUAGAUUUCUUUGUGAUUUUCUAAUAUAUAUAAAAAACUGUGAUGUAAUAGUAACAAAAUAUGUAAAUCAGAGAUGAAUUUUGACAUCAUCUUGAUGAGAGUACCUAAUAAUAAUUGAAAUUUUUUUCACUUUUUUUUUGCACUAGCUGGAUUUGCAUUUUAUUUUCUUAGAAUUUAAAUUAAUUACCAUAACAACAGUCAAAUAAAGAUUGGAAAACUACAUGUUCAACUUUCGUAAAUAGGUACUGGUAUAAUAUACACCACACUCUCUUCAACCUUAAAUAACCAGUAAAAUAUUUAAAAAUUUUUUCCAACAUAAGCUCGAGAGAAGCCUUUGUGUACGUUACCAAAAGAAAUUCCAAUGGAUCCUCAAGAAACAAAAACCACAUGAUACUCUAAAACACUCAUCCUUGAUAUGCUGGGAUAACAUAUCACCUCCUGACUCAUCCGCUCACUAUCAUAUGGGCCUAUGUUUGCACCUCCUGAUCAUCACAUACAUCCAGAACAAGUGAUGCCUGAUAUAGAAAAUCUUAUCACUGGGAUGAAUGAAGUCCAAAAAGAUUAUUUCAGAUGGAAGACUGCAAUAAAGAUAAGAGAUACUAACAGCCGCCCACAUGAAGAUCAAAUAUGGAAGCGGAUUUCCGAGUCUAAAAAAUGGCUAAGGGAUAAUAACGUAGUAGUAUUCAAGGCGGACAAGAGCAAAGCUUUGGUGUUAUUAAAGAGGAGUACGUACACUUCGAUGAUGCAUAAGUACAUCAAUGAUACAAGGAGACCCUACGGCUUUGGGGUAACGGAUUUUGAUGAUCUUUGGUGUAGAGGUAGUACACCAUGUGAGUGUACUACCUGUAAAAUACUAAAGUGC